AAGGGGGAUUCAAUCUUAAUCUCGAAACAAGUGUCGGCUCAUUUUAUUAAUAGUUCAGAAGACGGAAGACGGAAGACGGAAGACGUAAUAUUCCGUGCGCUCGCUAGUUCAUUUACCCGUCACAAAAGUGAUUUAAGUUCAAUUACUGACGGAAUUAUCAAUUAGUAAUAACUGCUUUGAUUAUCCUCCAAACUACAUUAGUUAUUUCAUUCAGGCUUAAUUUCGCCAAAUCUUGUGUUUCAAAUGUAAAUCAAAUGUUGCUUCAUGUUAGUUAAAGUAGCCAUCUGUCAUUUAGAAAACAAAAACAUGUUAGGAGGCGUAUGCCUCACAAUCUGUGUACCAUUGACCCCAGGGGUUAAACGUACUCUAGAGGAGCUAGCGGUUCUGAUUAAAGGGGAAUUGAAAAAUGGAGUAGCUUCCUCAAGCCUUUAUACAGAGUACCCGACUGUUCAUAAGUCUUACACGGAAAUCAGUUCUGAUGACGCAACGUGGAUACUGACCAGCGCCUUUAUCAUCUUCACCAUGCAAUCCGGAUUUGGACUACUGGAAUCCGGAAUGGUCUCCAGUAAGAACGAAGCCAACAUCAUGGUCAAAAAUGCCGUGGAUGUGAUCUACGGAGGGCUAGCUUACUGGGUCUUUGGAUUUGCGUUAAGCUUUGGCACCAAGGAAAGAAAUAAUGGGUUUUGUGGAUUGGGGUACUUUUUCACCGAUGCCGAGGAACACGAGAUGGGCACCGUGUACGCUAAGUACUUUUUCCAGCUCUCAUUCUCCACGACAGCCACCACUAUCGUGUCCGGGGCCAUGGCCGAGCGGGCCAGUCUGAAAGCGUACACGCUCUUCUCGUUUGUCAAUACCAUCACGUACUGUUUUCCUGCUCACUGGAUAUGGGAUGAGAUGGGGUGGCUUAAGGCCCUCGGAGCGGUAGAUAUCGCGGGUGGUUCUGCAGUACACCUGGUUGGUGGUAUAAGUGGGCUUGUGGCGACCCUAAUCCUCAAGCCGAGGCAUGGAAAGUUCGACCCUAAGUGCCCUGCUAAGCAGAUGGCAUCUCCUACAAACGUGCUCCUGGGCACGUUCAUGCUGUGGUGGGGGUGGCUGGGAUUCAAUUGUGGAAGUACGUUUGGGAUCAGCGGCGCCAAGUGGAAGCUUGCAUCAAGGUCGGCUGUGGUUACAAUCAAUGGUUCCGUAGGAGGUGGGGUUUUGGGAAUGUCGUACAGCUAUUUGAUGCACAAGAAACAACUGAACAUCCAUGUAUUUGUGACAGGAAUUCUUGGCGGGCUCGUUAGCAUUACAGCCAUCUGUUCGGUGGCGCGCCCAUGGGAGGCCCUCGUUAUUGGGAGCAUAGGGGCUCUCAUAGCAUGCUCAGGGUGUUCCCUACUGGAGAAGCUGAAGAUAGACGACCCCGUGGGAUGUGUGCCCACUCAUGCGUUUGCCGGGAUAUGGGGCCUCAUUGCUGUGGGCUUGUUCGCCGAGAAAGACACUUUGGAGGGCAGAUUCUCAAAUUCUUAUGGAGUCUUUAAAGGCGGGCCGUGGAGGUUCCUGGGAGUUCAGCUACUUCUUAUCGUGGCCGUCGUGAGCUGGGGAGCGGUAACGACGUUUCUGGAGCUGAAAUUGAUUGACAAGAUCUUUCCCUUGCGGGUUACCCUUGAGAAUGAGUUGCUCGGAGCGGACGACUAUGAGCAUGGAAUCAAGUACGAUUUCUUGGAAUUUGAAGAAUUCCAAGGACCCGAAGAAGUAAGCUCGAGCCCUCCUAAAACUGGGGGAAUCGUUGACGAGUCAAACGGAAUUAUCGUAUCCGAGCAAGUCACUAAAAGGAGUAGCGUCGAUGUUGAAGGAGCGUUUAGAAGAAAGCGGAUGCAUUUAGGGAAGUACGAUAUACGGAAACAGGAAAUCCUAAACGGCAAACUAAAUUUCGAGGACUUUCCAGACAGCGAGAUUAAGGAUGAACCAGCUUUGCUGAGUUUUGAAAACAAGGGUUUAAAGCUUCCAGGAGUGACCAAUGAUGAAGAGUCCGUCGUUUGUAGCCCUGCCAUCGAAGAGGGAUUAUCUGAUAAACCACACGAAGUUACACUUGAAUAAGGUCACUUUUACAGAGUAUAUUAUGUUAGCGGAAAGAUUCGGGACUGCAGGCCCGUACC